AUGGCAUGUCACCUCCGUUUCGAAAACCCCGACGUCAACAUGCUAUUGAGCCAUAUCGAGACACAAUUAGAUCACAUGGUAAUCUCAGCACUUAUAGAAGCUGCUCUUCGUCUGCUUCCACCCGAUGAUACCCCUGAAGGGAGACUAGAGGCGAAGGAAAGAAUGCAACGAAAGAUGGAGAGAGCACAUCUCCAAGAAGUCGCUUUCGUCGAUCAAGUGCGCAAAUUUGGCUAUCAACUUCUAACGGAGAGUGAACAAAAAAAUCAUCACUUGCGUUCGACUCCCGAUAUUCGAUUUAUCCAACCUGUUUCAAUUAACGGUCAACUUUGCCACUGGAUCGAGUUCAAAAACUCCUUCGGUUUCAAGUCGAACCCAUUCAUCGCUGCAAAAAACAAAAAACAAUUGCAGCGAUACUCCUCAGAAUUAGGAUCGGGUGCUGUUGUUUACAAGUUGGGAUUCGAGAUUGAUCACAUAGUAGCCCCAGGGAUUCAUUCGUUUCGUGAGGAAGAGGUUCUAGAUUUCCUUGGACAGCAGCUCAAUAUUGACACUACGCCUGUGUAUGCCCACGUUCCUUGA